CUCCGGAAGUGAUACAACCGGAACUUGGGGUCGUUGUUAGCCGCUGAAUGAACAGGGGGGAAAAAGCCAAUUAAAGUUGAAAUUGAACCAUUUUCCGUCUUCCUUUUUCGUAUUUUUCUCAGUAACGUUCUGAUACAUGUGUAUCUACUGAUGGCGUCCACGCUGGACUUCAGAACCCAUGUUGACCAGUCAUGCCGGUAUUCAGAAGAAUUCGUGAACAUUUACUAUGACUGCAUGGAUAAGAAAAGGAGGAACUUGACUCGGCUCUACCUGGACAAAGCCACUUUGGUUUGGAAUGGUAACGCAGUGUCUGGACAGGAUGCCCUAGGCGAGUUUUUUGAGGCCUUACCUUCAAGCGAGUUCCAAGUUCAAACCCUGGAUUGUCAGCCAGUUCAUGAACAAGCAACCCAAGGCCAGACGACACUGCUCGUGGUGACUGGUGGGACAGUGAAGUUUGAAGGGAACAAGCCGCGCUUCUUCAACCAGAACUUUCUUUUGACAGCUCAGGCUUCACCCAACAAUGACCAGCCUGUUUGGAAGAUUGCAAGUGACUGUUUCCGAUUUCAAGACUGGAAUAGCUGAGGCUCUCCUCUAUGCUUUUCUGCUGUAAAAAUGGAUGAAUGCUCAUCAGUUUUUUUUAUUUUGUUUUAUAAUAAAAUCAAAAGUCAUACAACACUGAA